GUGAAGGACCCAAGAAGCAUGCAACUCAAUUUGUGCAAAUGGCAUCACAAGGGGAAGGCAUGGACGUCUGGCUGAAGGGGAGAUCUACCCAAUGGUUCAAUCACAGCCAGCUAUGAAUCUCUAAUAAUAAAAUAAAGCACCGCUAUUGCCAGCACUAAUUAAAACACUGUCUGGGUUCAGGCUGAGAACAUCGUUUUUUGCAGGAACAGCUGGAAGAGAACCAGAUGUGAGUGAGGAUGGUUCCUGUGGACUGACACGGAUCCCGAACCGAGGAAAUAGAUAGAAAAGGUCCAUCCAGCAAGGAGUGGUUGCCUGCAAUAAGUCCUACCUGAUGUCACCGCUGCUAUCCUGAGCCCCGAGUUGAAGACAGAGGGAACCAUCUCCCGGGUUUGAUUUUUGAGACUUAGCUGGGACAUAGCUGAAUAAGGAUACUAUGGAUUCAGAAGAGAAGCCCAAGCUAGCCAAGUCGGCGGUGGAGAAACUGUCUGAUGCUGUGGGUGAAAAAACCAAGCAGCUGGGCACGGCCAUGAAGGCGGACCACCACCAGAGGAGACUCAUCUUGUUCAUCGUUUGUGUUGCACUUUUCCUUGAUAACAUGCUUUAUAUGGUGAUAGUCCCAAUUAUCCCAGAUUAUAUUUUGAGUAUGAGACUGCAUGAUGAGGCACACAGGCACAUCAACACCAGCAGCUCCUACUCCAACAAGUCCAUUAUCAAGCCGACCUACCCGGUGGAGAAUGAAGAUAUGAAGAUCGGGGUCCUCUUUGCCUCCAAAGCCAUCCUCCAGCUUCUGGUGAACCCUCUGAGUGGGACGUUCAUAGACAGGGUGGGCUACGACAUCCCUCUGUUCAUCGGACUGGUGGUCAUGUUCCUCUCCACCGUCAUCUUUGCUUUUGCCGAGAACUAUGCCACCUUGUUUGUGGCCAGGAGUCUCCAGGGCUUGGGCUCAGCCUUCGCAGACACCUCUGGGAUCGCCAUGAUCGCAGACAAGUACACGGAGGAGGCAGAGAGGAGCAGAGCCCUGGGUAUAGCCUUGGCAUUCAUCUCCUUCGGGAGCCUGGCGGCACCCCCGUUUGGAGGUAUAUUAUACCAGUUUGUAGGCAAGGAAAUGCCCUUCCUGGUUCUAGCGUCCAUCUCCCUCCUGGACGGUAUUCUGCUGCUGAUAGUUAUUAAACCCUUUGCAAACCGGACUAGAGAGAACAUGCCAGUUGGCACACCCAUCCACAGACUUAUGAUUGACCCUUACAUUGCAGUGGUUGCAGGGGCACUGACUACCUGUAACAUUCCCCUGGCUUUUCUGGAGCCCACCAUAGCCAACUGGAUGAAGACCACUAUGGGUGCCUCUGAGUGGCAAAUGGGACUAACGUGGCUCCCAGCCUUUUUCCCCCACGUCCUUGGUGUCUAUCUAACAGUAAAGCUGGCUUCUAGCUACCCUCACUACCAAUGGUUUUAUGGGGCCAUAGGGAUGGUGAUCAUAGGUGCCAGUUCCUGCACAGUGCCAGCCUGUAAGAAUUUUGGAGAACUUAUUGUCCCACUGUGCGGUAUCUGCUUUGGCAUAGCCCUGGUGGACACUGCUCUCCUGCCCACCCUUGCCUUACUGGUAGACCUCCGUCAUGUAUCAGUGUAUGGAAGUGUGUAUGCCAUAGCUGACAUAUCCUACUCGGUGGCAUAUGCCCUAGGGCCUAUUGUUGCCAGUCAGAUUGUCCAUACCACGGGUUUCACCCAACUCAACCUGGGCAUGGGUCUUGCCAACGUUCUCUAUGCACCUGCUCUUCUGCUCCUCAGAAAUGUAUGCCAAAUGAAACCUUCCCAUUCAGAGAGAAACAUAUUGUUAGAUGAAGAACCCAAGGGGCUCUAUGACACUAUUAAAAUGGAAGAGCGCAAAGCUAAGUCUCAUAGAGGCAAAAGCGAGGCUCAAGGAAAUAGCAUGGACAAUUACCAUGAAGGGAAGGCAGGUAAAUACAUGUCUGGUGAGGACUCGUCUGAUUAUGACUAUAGUUAAAUAUUAAGGUCAUGCUAUGGUUAAGUGGGCUUUAAUGAGACAUCCAGCCAUCUGUUUAUGCACCAAGUGGCAAUUUACAAAUUAUACAAUUCUCAUGAUAAUCACCAGGCUUUCUGUAAACCUAUUUUUAUGAUAUCUUGUUUUCUGGAAAAGUUUAAAAACUAUCACAAAUCUAUCUAUAUCUAUAAAAAAAAAAAUUAAUUAAAAAAAAAAUAAUUAUAAUAAAAAAAUUAACACUCCCAAAGGAAUAUAUUCGUGACUACAGACUCAUAAUCCUUCAAAAAUUAGGUGCAGUAUUUGUUUUAAAAAAAAAUGUCUUUUUUUAUGUUACACUCAAUGUGAAAUACUGACGAUCUGUAUAAAUAUAAUAAUAAAAAAAAAUAAUACAAUCACACGUUCCAUGGAGUGAAUAAAGUUACAUAUUCAGGGAAAUAAAGCUAAUAAAUAUUGUAAAUAGUUAUAUUUUGUGAUUUGACCUCAUGGACCUUUAAAAUGAAGCAUUGUAUUGUUUUAUUCCAGAUUAAAAUUUAUGGUGUGUUUUUUUAUUUUCAGUCAUUACAUGAAUGGAAUGUUUAACCCACUUUUACCAC